GUCGCGUUCCGUGCGGUCCGGCUUUAAAAUAGGAUUGUGUGAGAUAUUACCAUUUUGUUCUUCGUUCGUGAGAGUGUUACCUUGAUAAUCAGCGACUUGGAAGCGUUUGGAAUGAGAAGAGCUUCUUCGCGUUGCUUUUAGACUUAAAUUUGUGUCGUUCUCGUCGUCGUUGCCUUUUAGCCAGGUAGAAAUUUACUAGAUUUUAACAAAAAAAAGCACAUUUGAAUCAAAAUGAUGACCAGGAGAAAAUCAGUUCACGAUAUACAAGCAAUUCAGCAGCAUCAAAAGAAGGAAGAAUUAGCCAAUUUGCAGCAAUCGAUCCGAUCGGAAGUUACCGAUGGUAGGAAGACCCCUGGACCAAAAGUUGCACAUUCUAGAAAAAAUGCUCGGAUUACUCAGCGAAGGAUAUCGGAAGCAACGCCGGGACUGUUGCAAAACGGCCAACAGAUGCAUGGUGUGCCGAAUGGAAUGGAUGCUGAGGAUAUUCCAAAAUUUAAGGGUUAUCGCAUAAUUGAGAUUGAUCAUUUUCUCCAGUGGGCAGCAUAUUCACAAUUUAUGCAUUCUAAGCACUGUCCGGGUGGAUUGUUAAAGCCUUAUCAGGAAUACAUUAGCGGUUGCUAUUCAACUUUUGCCAUGAAAUGCAGUAAGUGUUCGGCAAUCAUUACGCGUUCUUCAGAGAACUACAUACAUCACAAUAAACUGAUGAAUCGUCUGGUGAAGGGAACAGUACAAAUGGGUAAAGAAUAUGACGAAAUGAGUAGUUUCAUGGAAUCGCUGGAAAUACCGUUUGUAACUAAGGAUGAGUUCGGGACAAUAAAGUCGCAGAUGCAGUUGAAUUCCUCGUUGGAUGAUCAAUCUGCCUUGCAAAAGGCAGUAGAAGAACUUGAAAAAGCAUCCGUAACAUCGAAAAGAAAACGUCAUGGCAGUUGCAAGUAUCAUUACGAGGUAUUGAAGGUGUACCUAAAUAAAAAAAUGCGUAAAAUCGAGGAAAACUUGCAGCUUUCGGUAAAUGAUUCUGUGGCGUUAGCAGUUAACGCUCAUCUAAAAAACGUUGCACACGUUCAGCUUGUCUCCACAAACUCUAAUAGUUCAACAUCUAGCAGUAGUGCCGCAAUAGUGUCGUCUUCUGGCAGCCAGCAAAGCAAUCGUUUUGGAGCCGGAUACUCUAACGGACCUCCUGCUACCAGAGGUAACACAUCUAACCAUAACUAGGACUGCUUUUUCUACCUGCAAUAGGUGUUAUUAAUGUUAGAAUAACUCUUACGAUAAUGAUCACGUUUACUGUACAACAAGCUACCCAGGAAACCGUUUUUCCUAAUUAGAAUGAUCAAAUCGAUAUUGAUCUUUGAGAUUUAGUCCGUAACAGUGAGAUAUUUUGAUAUGUUUUUGAUUUCGUUCUCAGUGCUAGUUUUGUUUACGUU